AUGGUACGAGUCCAUUUCCAGAGCUUCAAUUCUUGUAAUUUUGAUUGGAAUAGUGCUCAGUUUCAUGUCUUGGUGAGACGCAUUCUUGAUAAGUUAAGGGCCGUAGAUAGUGGCAAUGGUGCCAUUGACAAUCUCAAUGAUGCCAUAGUGGAGGAGGAAGGAGAUAUUUCUGGCCUCGGACUUGAGAGGCUCUUGGCAAGGCUUAACCGGCUUUUAUCUGGUAAAGGAUAUUUGAUUGUGUUGGAUGAUGUGUGGCACAUUAGCGAAUUUUAUUCGGAUUUAGGUUGUACAUUUCAGGAUCGGUUAUCUUAUGGAUUGCCUAAGGGUAGUGGUGGUGCUGUUAUUGUCACCACUAGGAUACCAGAAGUUGCUGAACACAUGGUUGGCAGAAAUAACUUGAUUACUGUUGAGCCUUUGGACACAGAAAGCUGCUGGCGAAUAUUUAUGGAGACUAUCAAGGAUAAUAAGGAAGUUUUAAACAUUUCAACUCAUGAAACUUUGGAUAAGAUUAAAAAUGAAAUUAAGGACCAAUGUUACGGUCUACCAUUGGCUGCUAAGGAGCUCGCAGGAAUCAUUCCCAAACGGAUUCGUGAGAUAGAGUCCAACCGCUUCUUGAAGGAGAUGUACAUUCCUGAUGAAUUGCUUCAUGCUGAUUUGGAAGUCGAACCUGCUGUCCAUAUACCAAAAUUCCCAGUAUUGGUGUUUAUUGAUAUGAAAAAUAUGAACAAUAAACAGCUUGGAGAAAAACUCCUUGACAAAUUUCGCUAUCAUCUUAAUAAAAAGCAGGUUUUUGCUGUUUUAGAAGAGAAGUCUGAUACGAAGAAAAAAGUAAAGGCACAUGACCCUGAGAGGGUGCUAAAGGAUGUUUAUGGCACUUUAGAAAAGCUUAAGCGUAAAGGAUAUGGUUUUGCUGAUGAAAUUCAAAAGACGAUGACGGUUAUAAUUGUUGGUGGUGAUUCUGUGGCUAACUGGAUUUUGGGAGUUAUCUGUGAUCUGAAAUUGCCGGAGUUACCCUCCAUUGCUCCAAUUCCGCUGCAAACCAUUUCUCUUAUUGGUGGUAGCAUUUCAAGUUCCUUUGGAUGGGUAGGACAUUUCUCUUUUAGCAAGUUUGAAGAUAGAGAAAUGCAGUUCAUGGUUGCUCCUCUUCAUGCAGCAAUUAUAAUGCAAUUUCAAGAUCAGAAAAGCUGGACCUCCAAAGAUCUUGCAGCUGCAGUUGGGGUUCCAAUAGAUACACUUAAUCGGAGGAUCAAUUUUUGGAUAAGCAAGGGAAUUCUUGCAGAAUUACUUGGGGAAGAUACUGAUGACCAUAUGUUUACACUAAUGGAAGGGAUGAUUGGACUGCAACUUGGUGAGGCACUAGGGCUGUGA